ACCAACGACUGAAGAACACCUAAUGACCAUGCAUUAUAGAAACAUGUUUAUUUUUAUUCAGGUUUUUAAGGCACCUGAAGACAGCAUGACUGUACAAAAUCAAACCAGCAUCUCAGAGUUCCUCCUCCUGGGCCUGCCCAUCCAGCCAGAGCAGCAAAACCUGUCCUAUGCCCUGUUUUUGGCCAUGUAUCUUACCACCCUCCUGGGGAACCUCCUCAUCAUCAUCCUCAUUCGACUGGACUCCCAUCUCCACACGCCCAUGUAUUUGUUUCUCAGCAACUUGUCCUUCUCUGACCUCUGCUUCUCUUCCGUGACCAUUCCAAAGUUGUUACAGAACAUGCAGAGCCAAGACCCAUCCAUCCCCUAUGCGGGCUGCCUGACCCAGAUGUACUUCUUCUUGUAUUUUUCGGAUCUAGAGAGCUUCCUCCUUGUGGCCAUGGCCUAUGACCGCUACGUGGCCAUCUGCCUCCCCCUCCACUACGCCACCAUCAUGAGCCCCACGCUCUGUCUCUCCCUGGUGGCGCUGUCCUGGGUGCUGACCACCUUCCACGCCAUGUUGCACACUUUACUCAUGGCCAGGUUGUGUUUUUGUGCAGACAAUGUGAUCCUCCACUUUUUCUGUGAUAUGUCUGCUCUGCUGAAGCUGGCCUGCUCUGACACUCGAGUUAAUGAAUUGGUGAUAUUUAUCAUGGGAAGCCUCAUUCUUGUCAUCCCAUUUCUACUUAUCAUUGGGUCCUAUGCACGAAUUGUCUUCUCCAUCCUCAAGGUCCCUUCUUCUAAGGGUAUCUGCAAGGCCGUCUCUACUUGUGGUUCCCACCUCUCUGUGGUGUCACUGUUCUAUGGGACAAUUAUUGGUCUCUACUUAUGCCCAUCAGCUAAUAAUUCUACUCUAAAGGAGACUGUCAUGGCUGUGAUGUACACUGUGGUGGCCCCCAUGCUGAACCCCUUCAUCUACAGCCUGAGGAACAGAGACAUGAAGGGAGCCCUGGGCAGAGUCACUGGUAAAAGGAAAAAUCCCUUCAUUCUAUGACAGUAGUACUUGGGAGUCUUACAUAAUUUUAUCCGAUAGAUAUAUUGACAUUAAUAUUUCAAAAUUAUUUCAGUUCUCUUUUUUGUCCAUGUGGAAUUUUUUGUUUAAAUGUAAUAUUACAUAAUUCCUGAAUAAGUAAACAGAUGUGGGGGGAUAUAUAGUUGAACUAGGAAAUUGUUCUCAGUAAUCUGCUAGGAAGAUUUUCCUCUUUGUUAAUCCCAAGUGACCUUAAGGAGGUAUAAUUUAAAAUCUUUGAAAGUUCUGUCUUCACUGUUAAGCCACUAAUUUAUUGUGCAUACUUAAAUGCUGUAGGUCUGUUUUAAAUCAUAGUCUGUCCUCUCAUGUCAAUAAUAAGACCCAAACAUCUCAGUCCCCUUCUUUGCUAAAGAAAACUUCAAAUUUUGAAUAAAAUUAUUUUACUCAUUUUCCUGAGCAAGUGUUCACAUCAGUCUGUCUUCUAACUUUGUUUUCUUCUUAAUUUUUAUAUCUGUAUGUCUUUUUUUCUUACUUGACCCAAACCUAAAACAAACUUUCUAUUUGCUUUGCUACCAUAGUUUAGUUUAUCUAUAUCUGAGAAUUAAGUCAUACCUGAGGCUCUAAAAAGGACUUCUCAAGCAUGGGUAAGGGGACCAAAGACUGCUUAAGAACCUCCCUCAUUGUUUAGAAUUCAUUUAUGUCAGCUUUUUUUAAAUUGUUUUUUAAAU